CCCCGCCGGGUGUAGUGCGACCAUCAGUACGAUUGUGUAUUUGUAAUUUACUUAUUUUUAAGUGUAAACAAUGUGUUUUUUAAACAACUUUACCAUAUAAUAUUUUAAAAAUAUAUAACAUCUUUGCCAAUGUCAAAUUUUAGAGCUUUUGUACGCUUUUUACGUUGAUGUGAGGUUCUCGUGCUUUGUCUUCGUGUGUGACAAUAUACUCAAAAUGGCGCAUCAACUAGCACCGUCUGUAAAUUGUUCAUUAGACGACAUUGACCUCAGCGCUCUAAAGGAUCCCGCUGGCAUAUUUGAACUCAUAGAAGUAGUUGGAAAUGGCACCUAUGGCCAAGUGUACAAGGGACGACACACAAAGACAGGGCAGCUUGCCGCCAUAAAGGUAAUGGAUGUGACACAGGAUGAAGAAGAAGAAAUUAAGCUUGAGAUAAAUGUGCUAAAAAAGUAUUCCAAUCAUCGUAAUAUUGCCACAUAUUAUGGUGCAUUCAUCAAAAAAAGUCCACCCGGCAAAGAUGACCAGCUCUGGUUGGUUAUGGAAUAUUGUGGUGCUGGAUCUGUGACAGAUUUAGUGAAAUCCACAAAAGGCCAAUCUUUAAAAGAAGAAUGGAUAUCAUAUAUUUGUCGAGAAAUACUGCGAGGUCUCGGUUACUUGCACAGCAAUAAAGUUAUUCACAGAGAUAUCAAAGGGCAAAAUGUACUAUUGACUGAUAAUGCAGAAGUCAAACUUGUGGAUUUUGGUGUAUCGGCGCAACUGGACAGAACCAUUGGCAGAAGGAAUACCUUUAUAGGCACCCCAUAUUGGAUGGCACCAGAAGUUAUAGCUUGUGACGAAAAUCCUGAUGCAACAUAUGACAAUAGGUCUGACCUUUGGUCUCUUGGCAUCACAGCACUGGAAAUGGCGGAGAGUCAACCACCUCUUUGUGACCUUCACCCUAUGAGAGCUCUAUUCCUAAUUCCCAGAAAUCCACCACCCCGGUUAAAGGCCAAAAAAUGGACAAAAAAAUUUCAUGGUUUCAUUGAAACUGUUUUGGUCAAAGAUUAUCAUCAGCGUCCAUACACUGAACAGCUUUUGAAACAUCCAUUUAUAAGAGACCAACCCACAGAGCGACAAGUCCGAAUACAACUGAAAGAUCAUAUAGACAGAUGUAAGAAAAGAAAACAGGACAAUUCCGUGCGAGAGGACUACAAGUACUCAGGUUCUGAGGGUGAAGAAGAGGAGAAUGCCGUCGCUGGAGAACCGUCUUCCAUUGUACACAAUGCGGCUGCACAUCAAGGCGGCGACACUCUACGGCGCAACUUCCAACAGAUACAGGAAUGCAGAGCUCCCGCCGAUGCUCCACAACCGCAGCCGCCGCCAAAACGCAACAGCAAACGCGAAGAUCGAGAAGAAAUUCCUGAGCCUGGUCCGCCGGCGAGGCCUUCCAUCCCCCAAAGACUGAUUGUUGUGCCAGAUCCGCAGAUGCAGCAGCCUAAUAGAUACAGGCCGCUUCCGCCGACACCGAAGUCCUCAGGAUCAUCGAACAGUUCGGGUUCUAACAACGGUACUCCACCCGCCAGCGGGCCACAGCCACCGCAGCGUGGAUCACAUCACAUGUUCAAACCUAUGGAUUUGGACAAAUUAGCCGCCCAACUUAACGAGCUGGGCGUGGUGUCCGGAAAUGAACCGCCUAAUCGACCUCCGCGAGCACCCGCUAAUGGUCAAGGACCACCGGUGGAGAGAAAUCCUCCGGAGCCUACAUUUGAAGACUCGGACAGCGAUUCAGAAGCCGAAGAGAGCGGCGGCAGGGUGCGCAACGAUGGCACAUUAUUGGCCAGUGAUCCGCCCAAACCUCUUCCCGAGUUCUGCUACAGGCCAGGGCUGAGCGCGGUGUCGGAGGACGCGGGCGCCGGCGGCGGAGGCGGCGCGGGCGGAGCCCCCACGCGGCCCCUGCCGCCCACGCCCGACGACGACGACCACGGCGACAGGACUCUCGUCAUGAAGAGGAGAGAAGGCUCUGAAAACGAUAAAAGACAGUCCGACGUUGACGAGGCCGUACUACUUAGAGAUUGGGACUUCGCUAGAUUCUUCCCGUCGAGAAGCAGCGGAGUUAUGGAAGAGAAAUCGAACGUACAGAAAGAGGCCGAACGUAAACAAGCACAAAUACAAUCUCAGUCCAGAAUAGAAAUGGAGGAUGCCUGGGCUAAAUACAAAGCUAUUGCGACUCCACCCUCUCGUCACAAACAGUUAUUCCAAAAACCCAAUGAAAGGUCGACACAAGAAAAGUUGUCUGACCUGUUAAAGUAUAAAAAAGAACAAGACACAGAGAUAAGUUCUCCGAAUAGAUUCUUUAGAGGAUUUAGAAGAGAAAACUCUGAUUUCUUUCCAUUACCUAGUACUCGUCACUCGGCCAUUUACUUUCCAAAACACGACAACCAAAGUGCUUCUAAACAACUCAGAUCCAGUGGAUUUUUUAAUAACUCUCGUAAGCAAAAUAUGAAAUCGCCGGCUACUGGAGAACCUAUAUUGACAGACUUUAUAAAAAUGAAUGACAGUCUCAAAAAACAAGUACAAGAUGAAAAGAAAAGUGAUAAGAAGACUAAUGACCAAAAAACAGGCAAUAAUCCCAUAGAUGCUCUGAAGAAUGUGGCAGCACUUAUCAGGCAGGACAGUGAGAGUAAUGGACCGAGCCGACAGAGUAGCGUAAACAGUGACUCCCCCGCGACGAGUAUCUGCUUUUCGAGCAGUGCUUCAUUCGAGAAGGCUGGCACCCCGGAUCUAACGGCGAGCACGCUAGAGAACAAGGCUGCGACUGAGAGCAUUACUGAUACUAAUGGUGUUGUGAAGCCACGCAGAGAAAAGACUGAAUCUGAUAUAGUAUAUCGAAGAAAUUCCCUUUAUAAUCGGCACUCAGAGCUUAUGUCGAGUGGGCAGGAAGCGGUACUCGCACAGGAUCAGGGUCGUCAAAGUGAAGGCAGCGGUGGCGCUCGCACCAGCUCGGUACUGCCAGACUUGCUAAGCCAGGCCGGACAGCCCGCCACUCCACCCAGACACGACAAAUCCACCAGUGAGGAGUAUAGGCAAGCGAUUGCCGGAGGCACGCCCCUGGCCCCGCACCAUCAUCACCACCACCAUCCCCCGCCUUCGUCCUCAGUCCAGUCCACCCCAUCCAAGUCGUUCCUGGCGGGUUCUCCGCAUUCGCUACAACAAUCGCCAUCCAACUCGUCGGUGGGUUCGCAACAGUUCCUCCCCUUACAACAGAAGCAGCGAUCGUUCCUUACGUUUGGUUUCGGUGCGGGCUCCACCGGCACCGGUGGCUCCGGCGGAAACGCUUCACGCCGCGAAAGCCACGUCAAUGUCAAUGUCACGCCCACUGGACAUGACCUUUCUUCUGACACACCCGAGAUUCGAAAAUAUAAGAAGCGAUUCAACUCUGAGAUCCUCUGCGCGGCAUUAUGGGGCGUUAAUUUACUCAUCGGCACUGAAAAUGGUUUGAUGCUAUUAGAUCGUUCAGGUCAAGGCAAGGUUUACCAACUAAUAUCACGGCGCCGCUUCCAGCAAAUGGAGGUUUUAGAAGGGCAAAAUAUUUUAGUGACGGUAUCAGGAAAGAAGAAUCGCGUUCGUGUAUACUAUCUUAGCUGGCUUAAAUCAAAAAUUUUACGCACCGAUGGUCUUAGUGACCAAGUAGAAAGAAGAAAUGGCUGGAUUAACGUGGGUGAACUUCAAGGGGCUGUUCAUUUCCGAAUUGUUAAAUACGAAAGAAUUAAGUUUCUUGUGAUUGCACUUAAGGACUCAAUUGAAAUAUAUGCGUGGGCGCCCAAACCGUAUCACAAAUUUAUGGCAUUCAAAAACUUUGGGGAUUUGCAACAUAGGCCUCUUUUAGUAGAUCUUACUAUUGAAGAAGGAACAAGACUGAAAGUUAUUUAUGGGUCUGCAGAUGGAUUUCAUGCUGUCGACCUAGACACUGCCACAGUCUAUGAUAUUUAUAUUCCAAAACAUACACAAGGAGCAAUUACUCCUCAUUGUAUUGUACCUCUUCCAAAUUCAAAUGGUGUCCAGUUGUUACUAUGCUAUGAUAAUGAGGGUGUUUACGUAAACACCAAUGGGCGAGUUAGCAAAAAUAUAGUACUUCAAUGGGGUGAAAUGCCUACGUCAGUUGCCUACAUCGGAACAGGUCAAAUAAUGGGUUGGGGUAACAAAGCUAUAGAAAUCCGUUCUGUCGAGAGUGGUCACCUUGACGGCGUCUUUAUGCACAAGAAAGCUCAACGACUCAAGUUUCUAUGUGAACGCAAUGAUAAAGUAUUUUUCUCAUCUGCCAAAGGUGGCUCGUCUUGUCAGAUAUAUUUCAUGACGCUCAACAAACCUGGCAUGGCUAAUUGGUAGUGUCAGGGGCUACCAAUGUCUGGAGCGUCUGCGAACUGUGAUGUAAGUCUGCAAUGUACGCAAUGUUAACUCCUGUAAUGUACAUGUCAUUACUGUACAAUAACAUGCCAGUAAUUAAGCCAAUCAAUCAAUGUUACAAAAGUUAAAUUGUCUGGCCAUUCGUAAUUCAAAGACUUGUGAUAGUGGCAGAUUUAUAAUGUGCUCAAAAGACAAUCCACAAAAUAUUAUUACAGUCUAGUGUUUGAGGACCGACUUUUAUUGAAUUGAAUGGUACCAUUUUGUACUGUAUAAUUACAAUUUGAAAUCCUGAUAAAUAUUGUAAUAUUAAGCAAUAACCUUUAGGAUAAAUAUUUUGAUAUUGACAAAUAUAAGUAAGUUAAAUACUGCUUAAGUUUUAUAUUAUGUUGCAAUUGUUUAUUUCUUAAAGAAAAUAUAAUUCAAGCUAUUAAUUCAUAUAUGCCAUAAUUAUUAUAUCGUUUGUAAUGAUAAGCUAGUUGGGUGAAGUGUAAUUGGUUACAAAAUAACAUUUAGGUUUGCAAUUCAGCAGCAAUGCCAUGUCCGACACAUUUUAAAUACUAUUUAAUUACAAUUAUUGACAAUUUUUACACAAUUUAGGUAAUGUAAAUUUAAUCCUCGAAUUUUUAAGGCUACCUACUUUUAUAAAUUGGCAUUUAGUGGAGUCACAUUGUAUUAUAAUUACUACACCAAACAUUUUUAAAUGGAUAAAUCCUAAAAUUUGGUACUAUUUAUUAUUUAUUUGUUAUUAUGUACUAUAUUAUUUACAUGUAUAAAGAUGUAACUGUGCAUAUUGAAAAUUAUAUAUUUGAUGACUUUUUAUUUCAAAAAUAUCU